AUGUCAAUUCCUUUUAAUAUUCAAUUACCAUUAAAUCACUCAACAACCAACAACCACAUUCUUUUAUAUGUUCAAUCGAACAGCAACAAAACAACAAAUUCAAUCUCAUGUUUCGAUCAUCAACCAAUCAUUUCCAUCAACAAUAAUAAUAAUAAUAAUAUUUCAUUCUUCAAUGUCCAUCAAUCAUCGAUUCCAUGUUUUAAUUCAAGUAAUAUUUUAACUCAUUGCCAAUCAAACAAUCUCGCAAUCAUCACCAAUCCAUCCACCCUCCACAUUCAUCUCCAAUCAACCCACAAUCCUCAAACCAUUGGACAAUCUUCUAACAAUAACAAAAAUACAAAUACAAAUAAUAACAACACAAGACCAACAAAUAAUAAUAAUAAUAAUAAUAACAAAAACAACAAUUACUCCUCUUCCAUAGACAGACAACCCAUUCAUUUUUCACCAACCACCAAUAAUAAUAAUCCAACCAAUAAUAAUACAAAUAACAUUACAAAAAAUAAUUAUUCAACAAACAAUAAUACAACAAACAAUAAUAAUCCAAACAAUAAUCAAACAACAAACAAGAAUAAUCCAAACAAUAAUCACAAUAAUAAUACAAACAACAAUACAAAUAAUAACUUAAAAAAUCAUAACAACAAUACAUUUGAUAAUAACAAUUUAAAUAAUAAUAAUAAUAACAACAAUAUAUUAUAUAUGUCACAAUCCAACUCUUCCUCCUCCUUUUUCACCUUUUCAAUUUACCAACCCCCUCAUUGUUCACCAACAAAUAAUAAUAACAUUCCGAUUACAACAAAGAAUAAUCAUAACAACAUUACAAUCUUUACCAAUCACUCCAAUCCACAAUCCUCAUUCACCAAUCAAUCAUUCAUUCAUCACCAAUCCUCUAGCCAGUCGCCCGUCCCAAAUCCAGUAAUCAAGAGUACCAGUUUCCAAGCAACAAUCACCACCAUUCGUAGACCAACAUAA